AUGGCAGCCGUCGCCAACUAUCUGCGAGACUCAGAAGUUCACGAGGUCGAGAAGCCGUACAGGUUCAGCGGCGGCCCGGACCUGGGGUUCCCCCAGUCUAACGUUGACUUCCAGCCGACCGAGCUGUCUCUCACAGACCUGCGGACGGUUCCCCAGCUCCGGCCGACCUUGGAGACCCAUGGGUUCUGUUUCAUCGAAAACAAGUCCAAGGAACUCCCCGCUCUCGAUCACGAGAGCGACUCCAAGACCUACGCGCUGGAGAUGGCCGAGGUGGUGAAGAAGCUGGUCGGGGCCACCAGACUUAGAAGCGCAAACAAGGCUCAUGGAAGGGCCAAUGUGGGUACGGAGGCCCAUGUCGACACAUCCGCCUUCGAUGCCUGGGACAGAAUGCGCGGGAUGAUGAUGCCGGAGGAGCAAGAGGGCGUGCUGUCGGGCGAGCUCCGAGCGCGUAUCAUCAAUCUCUGGCGGCCCAGGGUCAACCCCGCCGAGGACUUCCCGCUGGCCGUGCUCGACCCGGCGACGGUUGACCCUGACAAAGACUUGGUCUUCCUCGAUCACAUCUCGCAGGUGACGGUCGCCGAGACCAUGUACGUCAGGCACAAUCCCAGCCACCGCUGGUACUGGCUUAGCAACAUGACGCCGGACGAAGCCGUUCUCUUCACCCAGUACGACACGCAUCCGCCGACCCGUGCCCUGAACUACGGCGUCGCACACUGUGCCUUCCGCAACCUGGCUGCGCGCCCCGGCUGCCCGCCGCGCCAGAGCGUCGAGCUGCGGCUCACCGUCCUGGAGCCGGCACCCUACGAGAAGGCCGUGACGGUGCUGGAUCCGCACCCGCCCGAAUCGCGCAAGCAGCCGUGGGACGGGCGGGUCGAGUUCCUGUCGCCGCCGGUCAAGUACGUGCCGACGUUCACGCGUGAGGAGUUGGCGCUCGCCUGA